GCUCGAAUUCUCUCUGUACUCAUCUUUUUGGUUUGUUCUGGCUCAGUUUGUCAACGGGUUCGUCUAGGCCGACAGAGCAGAGAUCGUCCUUUUUCCAGUGCUGGAGACCAGCUGGGUGUACCUGCAUGCAGCGAGCACUCCGCAUCCAAGGAAACCACCGAACACCAGCUCCGCUUCUCACCGCGGACCAACAGACGAACAAUUGAUACGAUGGGGUUGUUGAAAAUAGAAGUUGAAUAUAGCGGAGGACAAGAAUACGGACCCCGCUAUCAGGAGCUCGCCCGGGUUGUGAAGGCUGAGUUUCCAGAAGCGGAUGUGUCCGGCUCCGUGGGAAGACAAGACAGCUUUGAGAUUACAAUCAAUGGGCAGCUGGUCUUCUCCAAGAAGGAGCUAGGGGAGUUCCCAAAUGAGGAUGCCGUAAUGAAACAAAUCCAGAAUGCCGCCGAUGGCAAACGUAUGGAGAAGAUCCCCGUUGAUCCACCCUGCGUCAUCAUGUAAACCUCCCUCAAUCCUGCAGCAUCAAGACAGGCCAGUGCAACUGUAUACUGCCAACGCCAUCUCAGGUCUACCCCCAACCCUGCUAAACAACGGGCUGGGAUAAAACCUUGUUUCAUAGAAACCCAGCAGAGAUGCAAUACGGCCAGCAGCUGCUGUCUUUGACGCAGAUCACCAAACAUCUGGCUCCCCCUCUCUGUUCUCAUUGUGGUGCUCCAGGCUGUUAAUGAUUACUGUAGCCUAAAAAGUUAAAGGUUAUAGUAUGAUGAAUCCAUUCCUGGAAGUCCCUUUAUUAUAGGAGCUGAGAUGGGGGAUAUCAUUUG